UACUGCCUCUACUCGCUGAAGCAGAAUCCUCUGAAGAGUUGCUGAGGCAGAACUGAAAUCAUGGCUCACCUCAAAGAAGCAGCAGUAUUGGCCGUUAAUGAUGCCUCACACAGAAAGACGGUGCUCCUUUAACUCGGGGUUUUAAUGGGAAGUUUCUAAGCCUGAAAAAACAGCUUUAGACCUGGGGUGUGCCAUCAGCUGCCUUGCAGCUACCACUGUCUACUGCUUUCACACAGCGUGGUCGGGAAGAAUGGAAACUAAAGAGGCUCGUAACUACCUGUAACUGUUCCACCAGGAUACGGAUCAAAUGUUUGUUCAGCCAGAGCCAGUCACCUAAAACGUCCAACCUUCCAAAAUGUAACAAGGAUGUUCUGAUUUGUUUACAAAGGAUCACAACUCAACCACUCGUAUUGACAGCGUUGACUGUCCCUGGCUGAUAAGCUGUGUGCAGCACUAGCCUUUUGAGAUUCCACCCAUCAACACGGAGGCCAAGGAAAAUUUAAUGAGCCAAAUAACUUAUGGCUCUUCAAAUUACAAGAUCUGUGGGUUUUAAAGUGUCAUUGUGACUUGAACUAGCUGUGGUUCUUUCAAACAAGACUUACUUCAAAUGUGAUGAUCCAGCACCUCAGUCCGGCUUGAUGACUUCUGCUUUUGUUUUUCCUCUCUGCAUCAGUUAGCUGGCACCUCGGAUUUUGAAUUCAGUUCCCUGCACUUAUUAAAAUUAGACUUUAUCUCCGGAGCACCCACAAAUGGACCUGACAAAGGGAAGACACAGAUGUACUGCAUGAUGAGGAAAGCCUAUCAGGAUUAAAAUAUGGCUAUAACUCAGCCUCUCCAGAGUGCAGCCACCAUGACCUCCGCAGAUUGAUGAUGGAAGAAAAGAAAACCAGGAUAUCCUGUGCUCUGGCUUCCCUGGACCAUGGAUGGAGGACAGCCCAUCCCUUCAUCCCUAGUGCCGCUUGGGAACGUAUCAGCAGAUUCUAGCAUGUCCCUGGAGCAGAAAACGACAUUCGUUUUUGUGAUUUUGUUGUUUAUUUUCUUGGGCAUUCUCAUUGUCCGGUGCUUCCGGAUUCUUUUGGAUCCAUAUCGAAGCAUGCCAACCUCUACCUGGGCUGAUGGACUUGAAGGCCUGGAGAAAGGGCAGUUCGACCAUGCCCUUGCUUAGGAGGGAUGGCGUGGGAUCUCCUCCUGAGGAGAUGAAGUGCUUUGUGUCUUGGCGAGGAUUCCCUUUAUUUAGUGUUCUCAACAAAUCAAAUUUAAACAAUAUUUGGUCCCAGGACCAUAAUCCAUUAUUCCAUAAAUAUGCAGUUGAGUUAAAGACAUUUGAGGAUGAUGGAAAUGGACAUUUAUAUAACUAAUCCAACAUAAGAAGGUUUAAAUUUUUAUGUUUGCUCAAUGAAUGAGUACUCUUAAAAUUGUGUGAUUGUGAAACCAAGAGCAUUAAUACUGACAUAGAUUUGCUAUCAAACAAAACACCACCUGAUCUGACUAAAGAAUAAAAGACUAGAAAGGAUCUCAUAUGAAUCUGGUGACAAGGCCAGGAAGAGAUUUCCUUGCUCUAAUUAUGUCUAUAUUUGUUUUAUUUCAUGGACACCUAUCUGGGUCCUGAGCAGAAUGAGGAAGAUUGUGCUGAAUGGACCCAAAGUAGUUCCUUGUUUUCUCCUAAAGCAGGGAGCAUUGGGAAGCAAUGGGAAAGCUUAAAAGAGAUGAUUCUGUCCUUGGUGAAUGUGAAUGAGAAUAGCGUUUUGUUUUUCAAGUAAAACUUAAUUCAAAGGCUACAGAGUUUUAAAAACUAUUUACCAAGCCAACUACAUUAUAUGUAUUCAUAUUAAUAACAUGUAUAGAGGUAGCUAUACAUUACUUGAAUUUACAUGUUACACAAAUGAUUUAAAUAAUAGGUUGCAAGUGCAGCUUCAAGUUUUUUUUUUAAUGAAAAGUUAAUUGUUUAGAGGAGAAGACUUUUAUAGUCUUCAGAGGAAUGUGUAUUUAUGAUUGUAUA